AUGGCAGAUGUCGAGAACGGCAAGAAGGAAGCAUAUGAGUCUUCCUACGACAAGACAACCAGUCCUACUGACUCUGACCUGGUUCCUGCCACCAUCGCAACGCCAGUGGCUGCUGUACCGCUCCAAGAUGGUGGUAUGCGAGCUUGGCUGCAAGUCCUGGGCUCCUUUCUGGUCUUCAGUAAUCUCUGGGGCUUCGUCUUUGCCUUUGGCAGCUUCCAGUCUUUCUACCAGCUGGACUACCUGUCAGACCAGACGCCGUCCGAUAUUUCGUGGAUCGGGACGAUAGCGACAGGACUGCUAAUCUUUGUCGGCAUUUUGUCAGGUCCCCUCUUCGAUCUUGGCUAUUUCCGGUCUAUGUUGAUUGUGGGAGGUCUGGGUCUACUGUACUUGCCCGGCUUGGCUCUGGUCGGCAGAAGUUUCAAGAAGCAUCGAUCUAUGGCUAUGGCUCUCACUACUUGCGGGGCACCUGUUGGCGGGAUCAUAUACACUCUGAUGUUCCAGCAGCUCAUCACCAGAAUUGGUUUCGCCUGGACGAUUCGUGCUAUGGGCUUCUUCAUGCUUGGCUCAUAUCUGAUAUCGUUCCCUCUCCUACUUUGGGGUGUAACCAACCUUGGAGACAUCGCAACAGGAAGUCGCCGGAAGAUGUUCGACUCAGCGGCAUUACGAGAUCUACCGUUCUGGAGCUACAGCUUCUCCAACUUCUUCAUCUUCACAGGCUAUAUGGUCCCCUUCAUUUUCAUUUCGGCUUAUGGGCAGUCUAGACUCGGCUUGAGCCAAAGUACAGCUUUGAACAUGAUCAUCGCUGCUCAAGCUAGCUCGAUUCUGGGUCGUCUGGUUGCUGGCUACGCAGCGUCAAGGAUAGGCGCCAUGAUCCCAUGGAUCGUGUCCGCCAUGGCGAGCGGUGCCGUCUGUCUUGCUUGGAUUGGUGUAAGAACUGAAGGCGCUUUCAUCGCUAUUGCGUGUCUAUACGGGUGCUUCAGCGGGCCACUGAUACCAUUGCCACCAAGUGUGUUUCCACUCGUCUGUCCUGACGUCAGAGUACUGGGUGCUCGAUUGGGCAUGGCGCAGGCAAUAGGUUCGAUUGCUUCACUGAUUGGCGCACCUAUAGCGGGAGCGCUACUUACGACUGGCGGUGGCGGAAACAACUAUACUGCUCUCCAGCUGUUCGGUGGACUGGUCAUGAUCGCUGGAGGAUUCCAGCUCAUUGGUCUAUAUAUCUUAUUAGCUCGCCGACGAGAUGUGGGCAAGUUCUUCUAG